AUGCAGCACUACGGGGUGAACGGCUACUCUCUGCACGCCAUGAACUCCCUCAGCGCCAUGUACAACCUGCACCAGCAGGCAGCGCAACAGGCGCAGCACGCGCCCGACUACCGGCCGUCCGUGCACGCGCUCACACUGGCAGAGAGACUGGCCGGCUGCGCAUUUCAAGACAUCAUCCUGGAGGCUCGCUACGGCUCUCAGCACCGCAAACAGCGCCGCAGUCGCACCGCCUUCACCGCACAGCAGCUGGAGGCGCUGGAAAAGACCUUCCAGAAGACUCACUACCCGGAUGUGGUGAUGAGGGAGCGGCUCGCCAUGUGCACCAACCUGCCAGAGGCCCGUGUGCAGGUCUGGUUCAAAAACCGCAGAGCCAAGUUCCGUAAGAAGCAGCGCAGCCUCCAGAAGGAGCAGCUUCAGAAGCAGAAGGAGGCGUCAGGGGAAGGAGGAAGCGAGAAGGAGGACGCAACCCCCUCCACAACAGUCCUUCCUGACAACCAGCUUCCUCCUUCCUCCUCCUCUUCCUCCUCUUCUUCUCUGGAGGCAGAGGGCCCUGUCCGUCCUGAGCCGCUGGACAUGGAGCUGAACGUCACGUCAGCAGAACACUCCGGCAGUGAGUCGGCGACGGAGGACAAUGCCACAGAUAAGGAGGACGAGAGUAAACCUCAGAGAGAGGAGGCAAAGCGUGAGAGAGCGGUGACUCCUGGAGACGUCUCUCCAGCGUGCAAAAGACUCAGCCCGAAACCAGACUCUCCCCUGGUCUCUCCGUCCGUGACCCCCUCCAUCAGCGGCCUGGCCGGCAGCGGUCCUCUCUCUCAGGGCCACUCUUAUUCUUCUUCCCCUCUCAGCCUGUUUCGUCUGCAGGAGCAGUUCCGCCAGCACAUGGCCGCCACCAACAACUUGGUGCACUACCCGGCCUUCGACCUCUCUGCCCCAUCUUCACUCCCCUACCUGGGGAUGAAUGUUAACAUGCCCCCCGCGCCGCUGGGCUCUCUGCCCUGCCCGUCCUACUACCAGUCCCUGUCCCACCACGCGCAGCAGGUGUGGAGCAGCCCGCUGCUGCAGGCGUCGGCUGCAGGCGGCCUCGCCAGCCACAACAGCAAGACCACGAGCAUCGAGAACCUCCGUCUGAGGGCGAAGCAGCACGCUGCGUCGCUGGGACUGGACACGAUGUCUAACUGA